ACCCUGUUUUAAUGAAUGCAACUCAAAUCAUUCCCGUGUGACACCUCUGUCUUACAGGCUCUGCCUCCUCAAGCUCGGGGAGGGCUCAUGGUAUAAAAGCUGCAGGACAUGAUCCAGCCAGGAUUCAGAUUUACAGGAGAGCACAGAAAAGCCUGUCUCGCCCUCCUUCUCUUUCAGACUGCUCUACCAUUCUGUCAUGAUGCACACACGGGCAAUGGUUGUUUUGCUGGUCGUUGUUUUCGUGUCUGUCGCUUUGUCUGCACCAAUCAGUGAUGGCACAGACAACGAUGACAAAGCACAGGCACCGCUAGACGUAUUGAUGGGUGAUAACAAUGAAGUUCACCCGACUAACAGCCCCGUAAACAGAGACUCGGGAACUACAGAUGGAAAAGACUCUUCAGAGAACAGAGACGGUACAGCAAGUGACCCAGCAGAUACAACAGAAAAACCAGGUGACACGAGUCAGGAUGAAACCACGAGUGGUCCAGAUUCCACUGAUUCUUCUGAAUCUGCAGUAGAAAAAAAGGACUUGGACAUAUCAGACCCAGCUGAAGAGAAUAAUAGAGAUCCUCUAGAUGACACAGAAGUAACAGACACACAGACAGAUUCUGCUGAUACGGAUUCAACACUAAUCUCAUCAGAUGAAAUGGACUCUGUGGACAAGACCUCCUCCAGUACAGAGACAGGGUCACGUGAUGAGGAUAAAGACAAGGAUUCUAAAGAAACUGAAAAGCAGAAGUCAGACAGCAGCGCUGAUACAAACAAGGACAGUAAAGAACAAGAUGUAGAGAAAAACUCAGAGAUGGAGGAUAAGGACAAAGCUGCCGGUAAAGCUGUGGACAGUGACGGAGAUGGUGAUGAGACUAGAGACAGAGAAGACACUGAAGGGAAAGAUUCAUCAGAAAGAAAGGACAAGACCAACAAGUCUGCUGAUACUGACAAAGAUACUGACCAUGACACAAGAAGUUCUUCAGACAUGACAGAGGUCAGUGACAGCACUGAGAAGACUGAGAAAGAGAAGGAUCAGGACACUGAGAAAGAGAAGGAUCAGGAUACUGAGAAAGACAAGAAUCAGGACACUGAGAAAGAGAAGGAUCAGGACACUGAGAAAGAGAAGGAUCAGGACACUGAGAAAGAGAAGGAUCAGGACACUGAGAAAGAGAAGGAUCAGGACACUGAGAAAGAGAAGGAUCAGGACACUGAGAAAGAGAAGGAUCAGGACACUGAGAAAGAGAAGGAUCAGGACACUGAGAAAGAGAAGGAUCAGGACACUGAGAAAGACAAUGAUAGAAAUACAGACAAUGGCAGAGAUAGUGAUAAAGAUGAUGGUGAUAAAAAUGAUGGUGAUAAAGAUGACAGUGAUAAAGAUGAUGGUGAUAAAGAUGAUGGUGAUAAAGAUGACGGUGAUAAAGAUGAUGGUGAUAAAGAUGAUGGUGAUAAAGAUGAGGAUAGGGACAGCGAUAGAGACAGUAAGAAAGAUGAUAAGGACAGCGAUGGAGACAGAGACACAGACAAUGAUGUGGAUAGCAAAGACUUAACAGAUGAGGAGGAUAGUGCAGACAGUGACAAGGACACCACAGAUGAAUCAAGCAUUGACAAAAGCAAUGAGAAGGAGGAAAAGGACACUGACCAAGAGACAAAGAACAAGUUUGAGGAAUCUACGAGGAACUCCCAGCCAGACUCGCUGAACUUGGACUCCUCAAGUAAAGAGGACAGUCAGGACAGAGAGAUGAGCAGCAGUGAGUCCACUGAUAAAGAAAGUUCAGACAGCAUGGACCAUGCUGACAAGGACAGCACUGAGACAGAUGGAGAAGUGUCAGAUGUCAGUGCUAAUAGUUCAGAGAUAGAUUCUACUCCUGAUGCAACAUCACUUGAAACAGCUGAAGACUCUCAGGGUGACUCCAGUGAUGAGAAUGACAAUGAUGACUCAAGGGAUGUAACAGAGUCUAAAUCACAGGAGAACACUGAUGAAGACACUGAUGUAGAUACAACUGAUGAAGCUAAUGAUACAGAUAUGGAUGAAGAUGACAAAGUGCAGAAUGAUACUGAGGCAGCCCCAUCUGAUGUACCUGACCAGCCAGAUCAUCUAGAUGACACACCACAAGGGUCUGUUGUUGGAAGCAAUAACGCUUCUCUAAGCUCCUAGCACCAGAGUACCACUGGCUGAAACAGUUUAACAGGGUCACGCAAUACAGUAAAUGGUGAAGUAAAAGAGAAGCAACAGAAGUCACUGUGCUAACAGCUAACAACAUUUUAUAACUUUCUGUCCCCACUGAUGAAGGGUUCUUGGAUGGAAAAUAAGUUAUUCUGUGUGGUUUAUGUUCUGUUUUUUGUUUUGUUUAAUUUGAGGAGAAACGUAUAGGUCAAAAUAUUUCUUUUUAUUCAAACAUAGAAAGAUUGAAACUUAGUAAUUAGUCACAAAUAUAAUGUUUGUAUUUUUGUUCUAUACUGUUAAAGACAAAAUCAUUGACCACAAGCAUGUCUGUGGAACUUUCUUUAAGAGACAAUAUUUCCAUCUGACUGUGCUCCAUCUUCUAGACUGACACUGUUCUCCUUAACGCAGCCAGAUGGUGUCUGGCUGAAACAUCAAACACACGUGACAUAUUGCUUAUUUAAAUAUAUUAAAGUGUUUCCUAAAAUAAAUGUGUACAGACAGAUCUGCUUAACUGUACAUUGAGUUCAUAUCUCUGGACGUAUAGUGAUGAAAUUGUGAUUUAACGACACAAAUUGUUUGCCAAUUACUGCAAUGACAGAGAUAUAGAUUAAUUAAUGUCACUAAAAUGUGCACACAGGGACCAAUUCUAAUAAAAAAGAGUUGUCAGACAAA